UUUGCAAACACAGGCACAGCUACCUCCUUAGCUUAUCCUUAUGUUUAUAUAUUUCCCCUUUUUUUAAGUCUUUAUUUUAUCGCAAUCACUAAUUAAGUUUAAAAUAUACACUAUAGACGGUAACUUUUUUUUUAAUCUGUGGUGGUACUUAGCUUAUUUUGAACGCGGCUUGCUUCUAUACAUUCUCAUUUUCUUUAAAACUUGUUAAUGUUAAUUAAUUUGUUAAUGUUAAUUAGGGGGUGAAAAAGCAUGGUGAGAUCAAGAAUCCAGAUCAAGAAGAUAGAAAAUACAGCAGCAAGGCAAGUGACAUUUUCAAAGAGGAGAAAAGGUUUAAUUAAGAAAGCACAAGAACUUUCAACUCUUUGUGAUGCCGAAAUUGCUCUCAUUGUCUUCUCUUCUUCUACCAAACUCUAUGAAUUCUCUACUUCUAGGGUGACUCGAGUAAUUCAGAAGUACAUGAGACACACAGGAAAAGUUCCUGACCUGGUUGAUUCAUCUAAUGGGAUUGAGCCUAAGUAUAUGUUGGAGGAAGAUAUAGCUAUUAUGAGCAAGGAAGUUGAUGAGAAAAAACAAGAGUUAAGUCGAAUGAAAGGAGAAGAUCUAGAAGGGUUAGAUAUUGAAGAACUUGGUAAGCUUGAGAGGCUGGUUGAGAAAAGUUACGCUCGUGUUUGCCGAAUGAAGGACGAGAAGCUUCAGAAAGUGGUAUCAGACCUCAAACGAAAUAGGUUUAUUUUUAUUCUACAACUAAUUUCAAAGAACAACCCAGGGAAACACAUUGUUGGAGAACAACAAGAAUUUGAAGCACAAGAUAAGUAAUGCCACAGAAGUCGAAUUACAUACUACUUUGGAGCAACAAUUAGCAAUAUCACCACCUACCAAUGUUGCAUUUGACACUUCACUUAGACUUGGGUUGGUUUAAUACUACGCCUUUCAAGUCUUGAGCUUACCACUACUUAGUUCCAUGUAUUUUUAUUUUUAUUUUAUUAUCUCUUUAAUUAAUGCAAUAAUCUUGUAUGCCAAAAAAUAAAAUAUUAAUGCAAUAACAUAAGGGAGAGAUGUAUAAAUAUAAUUAUAAAUACAUAUCUAUACUAAUAUAUUAAAAGGCGUUCUUGAGAA